AUGGAUCGCGAGCAAUGCCUUGCGCUCAUCCGGUCUUGCCGGACAGCCCCCGCCGCCAGGAGCAUCGAAGAUCGCAUCCCCUUCUCGCUCCGGCUCGAUCCCUUCGUCUCCAACAAGCUGAUCGAGAUGCACGGCAAGUGUGGGAGCGCCAAGAACGCGAGGGCGGUGUUCGAGAGGAUCGUCGCCAAGAACUCGAUGAGCUGGGACCUGAUGCUGUGCGCUUACGCGAGGAACGGGAGCCUAGCCGAGGCGGAGGCGAUCUUCCAUGCCAUGCCGAGGAAGAGCUUGAUCUCCUGGACGACGAUGCUGGCGGCAAACUCCAGGCACGGGCGAUGGAUCCAUGCCAGGGAGCUCUUUGACGGAAUGCCACAGAGGGAUCUCGUCGCCUGGAACGCGAUGCUGUCGGCGUAUGCCGCCAUGGGGCAUCUGGAAGAGGCCAAGAGAGUCUUCGAAUCAAUGCCGCAGAAAACGCUAGUGUCCUGGAGCGCGAUGCUCACAGCGUACUCAUGCAAGGAUUUGCUGCUAGAAUCUGGAAUUUUCUUCGAUUCAAUGCCCCAGAGAGAUCUGGUUGCGUGGAACGAGAUGCUCGCAGUGUAUGUUCGUCAUGGGCAUCUGGAUCAAGCCGAGCUUAUCUUUGACCAGAUGCCGGAACACGAGAGGGUCUCCUCCACGGCGAUCUUGGACGUUUUCACGCAGCGUGGAGAUCUCGAAUCGGCCAAGAGAAUGUUUGACGAAAUGUCGGAGAGAGACAUUGUAACCUGGACUUCGAUGCUAUCAGCAUAUGCCACUACUGGGCAUUUGGAGGCAGCAAAGAGAACCUUCGAUUCGAUGCCACAGCAUAAUCUCGUUGCCAUGACGGCAAUGCUUCACGCUUACGGACAAUGCGGCGCUGUCGUACAGGCCAGGCGGAUAUUCGAAUCCAUGCCAAACGGGAAUCUCUUCUCUUGGAACUCUAUGCUGUCGGCAUAUGCCUCGAGCGGGCAUGUACUGCAGGCCAAGAGGCUUUUCGACGUCAUGCCCGAGCACAACCUCGUCUCGUGGAGUACAAUGCUGACUGCCUACGCCCAUGAAGAGAAUGUGAAAUUUGCUAAACGCAUCUUUUCCGAAAUGCCCGAGAAAGACGUAGUUUCGUGGAACGCUAUGCUCGCAGUGUAUGCCAAAAACGGGCAUCUGCGGGAAGCCGAGGAUCUCUUCGACCGCAUGCCGCGUGUCGAUCUCGUCUCGCUGACUGCGUUGACCGUCGCGUAUGCCCGCAGAGGAAGGCUCGAGGAAUCCAAGCACGCUUUUGACCAGAUGCCACAACACAGCUUGGUAUCCUGGACGGCAAUGCUCGCGGCAUAUGCCGAGAAUGGGCAUCUUGAGGAGGCCGUGAGAACGUUCAACGAGAUGCCACUGAGGAGCUCAGUGUCGUGGAACGUGAUGCUCUCGGCAUAUGCCCAUGCCGGAUUAGUGGAAUCCACGAAGAAAGUGUUUGAUGAGAUGCCGGAACGGAGCCUUGUCUCGUGGACGAUUCUGCUAGUGGUCUACGUCCAAAAGGGGCACUACGCCGCAGCUCUGGAGCUCUUCGACUCGAUCGACUUCUCGGACGACGUUUGCUUCCUGGCGGCGUUCGUGGCUUGCAGCCACGGGGGGAAAGUUUAUCUUGGUCGCUGCUGGUUCAUCUCCAUGAGGCUCGACUAUGGAUUGGCGGCGUCCAAGCAGCACUACUGUUGCAUGGUCGAUCUCCUGAGCAGGGCAGGAUAUCUUUCGGAAGCUAGAGAUCUUCUCCACAGCAUGCCCUUCGUUCCCGACGCCUUGGAGUGGACGUGCUUGCUGGGAGCUUGCAGAAGCUACAAUGAUCUCCGGCUUGGACAAGGCGCCGCGAGAAGCCUGCUAGAUUUGGAUCCCAAGAAUGCAGCUGCCUACGUCUUGCUCGCAAAUGCCUAUUCUGUGCUCGGCAAACGAAGAAUUCGGCAUUCCAAACAGGAUCAAUCGAACUUGCAGCUAGCAAACUUACCAUAA